GGGAAUAAUCGACCUGACAAUCAGCUUUCAUCAUUUGGUCCCACCGUUAGAGUUCUGUAUUUUUCCCACUAGACGAAGAGGAUGUUGGUCACUGAACGGAUCAUGGAUUUUACCUUAGACACUCUAGAACUGUGAUAGACCGGUUAAGGAGGAAUCACCGAAUAAGGUUAUGUUCUCGUUACUGUGCGUCUGGAGUGCCUCGAUUCCGAGUCGCAAGCCGGCCCAAAAAUAAACAAUGAAAACUGCUUGAAGAGCUGGAGGGAACAAAACAUUGUUUUUAUGUCCUGGAAGAUAUGGUUCUUCUUAUUAAACUACUUUUACUCACUAGUCUUUGGCCGGGGGCAAUGCUCAAUGGGUUUCAUUCCCAAAGGCAAAAACAUCACCAUCAUCAUCAAGAUCAGGAAGAGAUUCACCCAGUGCCCUUGAGAGCUGGUCGGAAAAGUGCCAGCAAAAUGAGAAGAAUCGAUAGCACCAAAGUCCGCCAGGUAAAGUCAGAACAGCUUUUGAGAAUUGAAGACCAUGAUUUUGCCAUGAGACCUGGAUUUGGAGGUUCAUCUAUACCUGUUGGCAUUGACGUGCAGAUCGAGAGUAUUGACAGCAUCUCAGAGGUUGACAUGGAUUUCACGAUGACAUUAUACCUCAGGCAUUACUGGAAGGACGAGAGGCUCUCAUUCCAAAGUAAUAACAACAGAAGUAUGACAUUUGAUGGACGACUCAUAAAAAAGAUCUGGGUUCCGGAUGUGUUCUUUGUACAUUCAAAGAGAUCAUUCAUACACGAUACCACUAUGGAAAACAUCAUGCUGCGAGUGUACCCAGAUGGUAAUGUCCUAUUCAGUCUCAGGAUUACAGUGUCUGCUAUGUGCUUCAUGGAUUUUAGUAGAUUCCCUUUGGACACUCAGAACUGCUCUUUAGAACUGGAAAGUUACGCAUAUAAUGAAGAUGAUCUUAUGCUGUACUGGAAACGUGGGAAUGAGUCACUGAAAACAGAUGAACACAUCUCGCUGUCACAGUUUUUCAUUGAAGAGUUCAGUGCAUCCAGUGGACUUGCUUUAUAUAGCAGCACAGGUUGGUACAAUAGACUUUUCAUCAAUUUCAUUCUUCGGCGACACAUUUUUUUCUUCCUGCUUCAGUCGUAUUUCCCAGCAAUGCUCAUGGUGAUGCUGUCUUGGGUAUCGUUUUGGAUUGACAGAAGAGCUGUACCUGCACGGGUAUCACUAGGGAUCACCACAGUGCUGACGAUGUCCACUAUAAUCACAGGAGUGAGUGCCUCUAUGCCCCAGGUGUCUUAUAUAAAAGCAGUGGAUGUCUACUUGUGGAUCAGUUUCCUCUUUGUUUUCCUGUCUGUAAUCGAGUAUGCCGCUGUUAACUACCUAACCACUGUUGAAGAAAGGAAGCAGCUCAAAAGGAGAGGGAAGUCUUCAGCGACACUAAAUCUUGAAGCUGUGCAAGCAAUGGCGUUUGAUGGCUGCUAUCAUGACAGUGACGCAGACUUGAAUUACUCUGUGCACUCUGAGGAAAGCUCAUCACGAGGACGUGCAGCGAGUGUGGCCACGCUAGACGCCGCACGUGUGAAGAGGAAGAGAUCCGUAAAAGGAAAUGUGGGUCGAAUCAUCCUGGAGAAUAAUCACGUUAUUGACACUUAUUCCAGGAUUAUAUUUCCCGCUGUCUAUAUUGUAUUUAACUUUUUUUACUGGGGUGUGUACUUAUGAAAAUUAUGGAAAUAUGGAAAUGUACAUUUGUUUAUAUAUUUUCGUAUGUGCUGUAAAUGUAAACUUAUACAUCGAAGUACCAGUCUUGCUCGUUUAUCAA